AAGGGGGUGGAUACUGUGAUGAUGUGCUUUUGCUCUCUCUCUCUCUCUCUCCGCAUCGAUCACCCAUUUGUCAUCAUUUCAAAAGCCUCUCUCUCUCUCUCUGGCGUUGAAGAAGACGCUUUCUGCUUGGUAGGUUGUGCCGUUGGGGGAGUAUGAUGGGCCCGAAUUUCCACUGAGAUUUUAAUGUAGUGAAUUUGGUCUCUGUCUCUCUCUUUUUCCCUUCCUUGUUCUCUCGCUGUUUCGCAUUUCCUUGUCCUUUCUCUUUCUGGGGUUUCUGUUUGUUUUGUAGAGAGAGAUCACAAAUUCACGUGUCUUUCUCAUCUGGGUUUUCAAUUUUCUGAGUUGGGUUUGCGGGAAAGUAUGUCUUUUGGUUGAAUCUCGAGGAAUUUCGGCGAUUUUCUGAAUUUUUGGUUUGUUGGUGGAAAGAAAAGUAAAAGUCAGACCACAGUUCUGGGUCUAAGCAGAGAUCUCUGGUGUUGCUCGCUGCCUUCCUUUGUCGUUGCUGCUGAAUCGCAUCACGAAGCUUCUGAGAAGAUGGUGUUUGGCUCCGGCGUUCUUUUCUUCUGAUCAAACUUUUCCGGAGAAAGGGCUCUCAGAUGGAUAGAAUGAUUCAGCCUCCUUUGGUUGAUACCACGAGUUGUCUGUGUCGAGUGGACACCGGCUUCAAAACUGUUGCCGGAGCCAAAAAAGGUUUUCCUGGGGCGAGACCUUGCCUCCGACCUGAUAUCAAGAAUUCCAUUCACCCAACCGGAAGUAGACCAUCUCGAGGUGAAAGAAGCAGCCGUAACCAAUCUCCUCUCCUCCCGGGUCUUCCGGAUGACCUUGCGGUCGCAUGCCUCAUCCGGGUCCCUCGUGCUGAGCACCGCAAGCUUCGCCUCGUCUGCAAAAGAUGGUACCGUCUUUUGUGCGGAAAUUUCUUUUACUCCCUCAGGAAAACCCUCGGGAUGGCUGAAGAAUGGAUUUACGUUAUCAAGAGAGACCGCGAAGGGAAAAUCUCGUGGCACGCUUUCGAUCCUUUGUACCAGCUUUGGCAACCUCUUCCGCCUAUUCCUCGGGAAUACUCCGACGCUCUAGGGUUUGGGUGUGCUGUACUUAGUGGAUGCCAUCUUUAUCUAUUCGGUGGUAAAGAUCCGCUUAAAGGGUCCAUGAGGCGAGUCAUCUUUUAUAACGCGAGGACGAACAAGUGGCACCGAGCACCCGAUAUGCUCCGGAGGCGCCAUUGUUUCGGCUCGUGUGUCAUAAACAAUUGCUUGUAUGUUGCUGGAGGAGAGAAUGAAGGGGUGAAUCGGUCAUUAAGAUCGGCCGAAAUGUACGAUCCGAACAAGAAUAGAUGGAUGUUCAUCGCUGAUAUGAGCAAUGCAAUGGCACCGUUCCUCGGGAUUGUUUACAAACAGAGGUGGUAUCUGAAAGGGAUAGGUUCACACAGGCAGGUUCUGAGUGUAGCCUAUGAACCUGCAACCGAUUCUUGGAACCCCGUGUUUGAUGAUGCAAUGGUGACCGGUUGGAAAAACCCGACGGCUGUCCUAAACGAGAAUCUGUACUGCUUGGACUGCAAAGACGGUUGCAGGCUACGGGUUUACGACGAAAUAUCGGGUUCUUGGGGGAAACUCAUAGACAGUAAGGUGCAUCUCGGGAGCUCCCGGGCAAUGGAGGCAGCGGCUCUUUUCCCGCUGAACGGCAAACUCUGUAUAGUGCGGAACAACAUGAGCGUAUCGGCGGUAGAUGUAUCGAGAUCGAGCGAGGAAAACGGGGAGAGUCUGUGGAUAGCGAUGGCGACGACGAUGACGGGAAAAGGGCAGCUCAAGAACUUGGUGACGAAUCUGUGGUCGAGUAUUUCGGGCAGGAACAGAGUGAAGAGUUGGAUCAUACAUUGUCAGGUUCUUCAAGCUUGAAAGAGGUUUCUUGUCUGGUUUUUUAGGGUUUCUCGGUGGCGGGAAGAAGAAGUAGCUGUUUAUGGGAAGUAAAAGCCUUUUUUUUAACUUAACCUUCUUGUUCACAUUUUGGUGUUUUUGGCAAAAGAAGGGCAUAAACUUCCUAUAAACAGCCAACUUCAUUGAGAAAAAUCACACUUUAGCA